AUGUCCUCCCAAGAAACUGUCGAACUCCUCCGCAAACUUAUCGAUACUUUCGAAGUCACCCAGACAUGUGAACAAAUGGUCAAUGGCAAGAAAGUGGUGCCUCUCUACAACAAUAGACACCACUUGUCCCAAAGAUCCAAGGUUUUCAAAAGAAAGACUUUGCCAACCACCAGCAACGGCUACGAAUCCCCAGCCACCCCUUCCUCUGAUGAAGACGAAGAUGAUUUCGAACCAUUGACAAAGCCGGUGUUCCACGCUGGCGAAUCUUGCUACACCUACUACUCUCAAGAAUACAUCGACUUCACUUUUGAAAACCCUACCAUCUACCACGUCGUCAAGCAUUUCAGCCAGUUGCUCGAGUCUCAUGGGUUCAAGUACCUACCAGAAGGCAAAAGUUGGGGCCAGAUGACCCCGGGGUUCUAUUACACCACCAGAAACCAAACCUCAUUGUCAUGUUUUGUCAUUGGUAAACACUGGACUCCAGAAGAUGGGGUUGGAUUGAUCGGGGCCCAUAUCGACGUGUUGACCGCCAAAUUGAAGCCAAGCUCUAAAAAGAAGGAAGUCGAAGGGUACGAAUUGUUGGGGGUUGCCCCAUACGCCGGUGCGAUCUCCGAAGUUUGGUGGGACAGAGACUUGCACAUUGGUGGGUACGUGUUGGUCCGCGAUGCCGAUGGUAAGAUCGUUUCUAAGCUUGUGAAAUCCGACUUCCCAGUGGCAAGAAUCCCAUCUUUGGCUCCACAUUUCGGUAAAGAUUUCAGCAGUUUGUUGAACAAAGAAACCAGAGCGGUUCCGGUGAUUGCCUACCACGGUGGGGUCGACAGCGAACCAGAACCAGAAUUGUCAGACGACGAAAAGAAAUGUCCACUUAUUUCCGUGCACUCCAUUACUUUGUUGCGUUUCAUUGCCGAAUUGGCCGGGGUUAAGGUCAGCGAGCUUGUGCAAUUGGAUUUGGAUAUCUAUGAAGGUCAAAAGGGGGCGAUUGGUGGGAUGAAGAAAGAUUUCCUUUUUGCUCCAAGAGUCGACGACAGAAUCUGUGGGUUUGCCGCAGUGUACGGGCUUUUGGAAUUCUUGCAAACCCAAGAUUUCCAAAUCCCUGACCAUAGUUUCUCUUUGGUGACCCUUUACGAUAACGAAGAAAUUGGUAGUUUGAGUAAACAGGGUGCCCAAGGUGGGUUGUCUGAAUCGGUCAUCGAACGUACCAUCGACAGUUUCAUCGCUGAUAAACAAGGAUUGUCUCUUGAAUCAUUAUACAAAGUUGCCUACGCCAACACCCUUAUCUUGUCUGCCGACGUCAACCACGCUUUCAAUCCAAACUUCCCUGAUGUCUAUUUGGAAAACCACGGUCCAAAACUUAACACUGGUAUGACCAUCGCCUUUGAUGAAAGAGCCAUGGCCACCGACGUCACUGGUAGAGCCAUCAUUGAAGAAGUCGCCCGUAGUAAUGGUGACAAGUUGCAAAUGUUCCAUAUCAGAAACGACUCGCGUUCCGGUGGUACCAUCGGCCCAUACAUCUCUUCUAAGACCGGGGCCCGUACCAUUGAUUGUGGGAUUGCUCAAUGGUCUAUGCAUAGUAGUCGUGCCACUGUGGGGUCCAAGGACGUGGCUAUUGGGGUCAAGUUCUUCUCUGGGUUCUUCAAGUACUGGAGAGCUGCUGCUUCGAAGUUUGAAGAUUUUUAA